UAUAUAAGACCCAGGGCAGUCUUCAAGAACUCGGGCCACCCUGAUUUGGGCUUUGGUGAAAGGAACUGAUCCCACGGAGCGUUACCUCUCUCUGACUUUCAUUCUGUGCAGAACGUGUAAGACUUGCAAUCAUGCCUUUUGGAAACACUCACAACAACUUCAAGCUGAAGUUCUCAGCGGAGGAGGAGUACCCAGACCUCUCCAAACACAAUAACCACAUGGCCAAGGCGCUGACCCUCGACAUCUACAAGAAACUGAGGGACAAGCAGACACCCAGCGGCUUCACCCUGGACGAUGUGAUCCAGACUGGAGUGGACAACCCCGGCCACCCCUUCAUCAUGACAGUGGGCUGCGUUGCCGGAGAUGAGGAGACCUACGAGGUGUUCAAGGACCUGCUGGACCCCGUCAUCCAGGACCGUCAUGGAGGAUACAAGCCCACUGACAAGCACAAGACUGACCUGAACUACGAAAACCUCAAGGGGGGAGACGACCUGGACCCCAAUUACGUGCUGAGUAGUCGCGUGCGCACCGGCCGCAGCAUCAUUGGGUACACCCUGCCCCCCCACAGCAGCCGUGGAGAGAGGAGAGCCAUCGAGAAGCUGUCUAUUGAGGCCCUGAACAGUCUGGACGGAGAGUUCAAGGGGAAGUACUACCCACUGAAGGACAUGACUGACAAGGAGCAGCAGCAGCUCAUCGAUGACCACUUCCUGUUUGACAAGCCCGUCUCCCCCCUGCUGCUGGCCUCUGGCAUGGCCCGGGACUGGCCCGACGCAAGAGGAAUCUGGCACAACGUCAACAAGACCUUCCUGGUGUGGGUGAACGAGGAGGAUCACCUGAGGGUCAUCUCCAUGGAGAAGGGAGGCAACAUGAAGGAGGUGUUCAGACGCUUCUGCGUCGGGCUGCAGAAGAUCGAGGCUGUGUUCAAGAAGCACAACCACGGUUUCAUGUGGAACGAGCACCUGGGUUAUGUGCUCACCUGCCCCUCUAACCUGGGCACUGGUCUCCGUGGAGGCGUGCACGUCAAGCUGCCCAAUCUCAGCAAGCACGCUAAGUUCGAGGAGGUGCUCACCAGACUGCGCCUGCAGAAGCGUGGCACAGGUGGAGUGGACACAGCCGCAGAGGGUGGAGUGUUUGACAUCUCCAACGCUGACAGGCUGGGAUUCUCCGAGGUGGAACAGGUGCAGAUGGUAGUGGACGGAGUGAAGCUGAUGAUCGAGAUGGAAAAGAAGCUGGAGAAGGGAGGCUCUAUCGAUGACAUGGUUCCCGCCCAGAAGUAGAGAGGCUCUUUUUAUACUGAAAGAGAAACCAUCCACUCAUCCAUCUCAGCCAGACCCUGCUCUCCUCCUCCACCUCCCCAGAGGUAUCAUCCGGGGAUAAGACUCCAUGCCUGGAUUUCACCAGAAGCGUUUCACUCUUUAGAAGAAAGAAAUUUCAAAUAAAGAAAUGGCUCCAUUAA